CACGGACACGAAUCGACCGAAUCUACGGAACCCACCACCCCCGGAGGCCGGAUCCCGGGCGGGGUGCGCGUGCGUGGGAGAGACGGCGGCUGCGCGCGCUGAGGGCGCGGGGUUGCUUGUGUGUGUGCUUGUGUGUGUGUGAGGAGCGGCGGCGGCGGCGGCGUCGCGGCUAAGGUGGGGAAGGGGCGGCCUGCGUGAGGGGCACCGGCCCAUGGCCCCGAGGGGCCAGGGGCCCCAAACCCUUCCCCUCUCGAAACGAGCCCCAGAAGAUGUCGGCUUAGUCCAGAGCGGCCGCCGCCCCCGCGCCGUUGCCUCCUCCGGGACUCCUCGCUGCCCAGUCCCUCUGUUGCCGGGGGGCUCGCCCUAACUCCGAGUCGUGGAUAGUGGCGGCCUCCGCUGGGCCGGGACCUGAAGGCGGCAGAGCCGAGGCCACCCCACGCGCGGUGCCCUGAGCUAGCGAGGGCGUGCGGGCAUCAUGUCGGCCAAGGUGCGGCUGAAGAAGCUGGAGCAGCUGCUCCUGGACGGGCCGUGGCGCAACGAGAGCUCGUUGAGUGUGGAGGCCCUGCUGGACGUGCUCAUCUGCCUCUACACCGAGUGCAGCCAGUCGGCCCUGCGCAGGGACAAGUAUGUGGCCGAGUUCCUCGAGUGGGCAAAGCCAUUCACACAACUGGUGAAGGAAAUGCAGCUUCAUCGAGAUGACUUUGAAAUAAUUAAAGUAAUUGGAAGAGGUGCAUUUGGUGAGGUUGCUGUGGUUAAAAUGAAAAACACUGAACGCAUUUAUGCAAUGAAGAUUCUUAAUAAGUGGGAAAUGCUAAAAAGAGCAGAGACAGCCUGUUUUAGAGAAGAGAGAGAUGUGUUGGUGAACGGUGAUUGUCAGUGGAUCACAACCUUACAUUAUGCCUUUCAAGAUGAAAACUACUUGUACUUGGUAAUGGACUAUUAUGUUGGUGGUGAUUUACUGACACUCCUCAGUAAGUUUGAAGACAAACUUCCUGAAGAUAUGGCAAGAUUUUACAUCGGUGAAAUGGUGCUGGCCAUACACUCCAUUCAUCAGCUGCAUUAUGUACACAGAGAUAUUAAACCUGACAAUAUUCUCUUGGAUAUGAAUGGUCACAUUCGCUUGGCAGACUUUGGAUCAUGUUUGAAGAUGAAUGACGAUGGAACUGUCCAAUCUUCUGUGGCAGUGGGCACACCUGACUACAUUUCACCUGAGAUUCUACAAGCAAUGGAGGAUGGAAUGGGAAAAUAUGGUCCAGAAUGUGAUUGGUGGUCUCUAGGUGUUUGCAUGUAUGAAAUGCUAUAUGGUGAAACACCUUUUUAUGCAGAAUCAUUGGUGGAAACUUAUGGAAAGAUCAUGAAUCAUGAAGAGCGAUUUCAGUUUCCUUCUCAUGUCACAGAUGUAUCUGAAGAGGCAAAAGACCUCAUUCAAAGACUCAUCUGUAGUAGAGAACGCCGACUAGGGCAGAAUGGAAUAGAAGAUUUCAAAAGGCAUGCAUUUUUUGAAGGAAUAAAUUGGGAAGACAUACGGAAUCUAGAAGCACCUUAUAUUCCAGAUGUUAGCAGUCCUUCCGAUACAUCAAAUUUUGAUGUAGAUGAUGAUGUGUUAAGAAAUCCGGAAAUAGUACCUCCUGGUUCUCAUACUGGCUUUUCUGGAUUACAUUUGCCAUUCAUUGGUUUUACAUUUACAACUGAAAGCUGUUUUUCUGAUCGAGGUUCUCUAAAAAGUGUAAUGCAAACUAAUGCUAUCACCAAAGAUGAGGAUGUGCAACGGGAUCUAGAGAACAGCUUGCAAAUUGAAGCAUAUGAAAGAAGAAUACGAAGGUUAGAACAAGAAAAGCUGGAAUUGAGCAGAAAAUUACAAGAAUCCACACAAACUGUACAGUCCUUUCAUAGUUCAGCUCGCUCUACAGGAAACUCAAACAGAGAUAAAGAAAUCAAAAAGUUAAAUGAGGAAAUUGAACGGCUAAAGAAUAAAAUAUCAGAUUCAAAUAGGCUAGAGCGACGACUUGAGGAUGCAGUGACACUUCGCCAGGAGCAUGAAGAUUCCACUCACAGACUGAAGGCCUUAGAAAAGCAAUUGCGUGUACUACGGCAAGAAAAGGAGGAUAUGCAAAAGCAAUUGGUUGAAGCUUCAGAAAGAUUAAAAUCUCAGACCAAAGAACUUAAAGAUGCCCAUCAACAGAGAAAGUUGGCUAUGCAGGAGUUUUCAGAGCUUAAUGAGCGGAUGGCAGAUCUUCGGUCACAAAAACAGAAGAUAUCUCGACAGCUUCGUGACAAAGAAGAAGAGGUGGAAGUAAUCAUGCAGAAAAUUGAUUCAAUGAGACAAGAAAUCCGUAAAUCUGAGAAGUCCAGAAAGGAGCUGGAAUCUCGGCUUGAAGAUGCAAUUGCAGAAGCAUCAAAAGAACGCAAGCUUCGUGAACACAGUGAGAGUUUCUCUAAGCAAGUGGAAGGUGAACUGGAGGCACUUAAGAUAAAGCAAGGAGUCCGUGGAUCAAGUGUUACUUUAGAACAUCAGCAGGAAAUUUCUAAAAUAAAAUCUGAACUUGAGAAGAAAGUUUUGUUUUAUGAAGAGGAACUGGUCAGACGAGAGGCCUCCCAUGUCCUAGAAGUAAAAAAUGUGAAAAAGGAAGUGCACGAUUCAGAAAGUCAUCAGUUAGCACUACAGAAAGAGAUUUUGAUGUUAAAAGAUAAAUUGGAAAAGUCAAAACGGGAAAGACAUAAUGAGAUGGAAGAAGCAGUAGGAACAGUAAAGGAUAAAUAUGAGCGAGAAAGAGCAAUGCUGUUUGAAGAGAACAAGAAAUUAACAACUGAAACAGAAAGGCUUUGUGCAUUUGUGGAUAAACUAACAGCUCAAAACAGGCAACUAGAAGAUGAACUUCAAGAUUUGGCAGCUAAGAAGGAUUCAGUUGCUCAUUGGGAAGCUCAGAUUGCAGAAAUUAUUCAGUGGGUAAGUGAUGAAAAGGAUGCUCGGGGAUAUCUUCAAGCUUUAGCAUCCAAGAUGACAGAGGAACUCGAAUCAUUGAGAAGCUCUAGUUUAGGAUCAAGGACCCUGGAUCCACUUUGGAAAGUACGUCGUAGUCAAAAAUUAGAUAUGUCUGCCCGGCUGGAGUUGCAAUCUGCCCUUGAUGCAGAGAUACGUGCCAAACAGCUCAUUCAGGAAGAGUUAAGGAAAGUCAAAGAAACAAAUCUAGCCUUUGAAAGUAAACUAAAGGAAUCUGAAGCAAAAAAUAGAGAAUUAUUAGAAGAAAUGGAGAAUUUGAGGAAAAAAAUGGAAGAGAAAUUUAAGGCAGAUACAGGCCUCAAACUUCCGGAUUUUCAAGAAUCAAUUUUUGAGUAUUUUAACACUUCACCUCUUGCUCAUGAUCUGACAUUUAGAAGUAGCUCAACUAAUGAUCAAGAAACACAAAUUCCCAAACCAGAAGUUUCACCAUCCACUUCAGUUUCCAUAAACACAGAACAACAAGAAGAAACAACUCGUUCUCAACAGAGGGGACCAGCUGUUUCUUCUCCCACCAUCCAGUCUCUUUCUCUAGCUGUACCAAAGCCUAAAGCUCACCAAUUCAGUGUCAAAUCCUUUUCAAGUCCUACGCAAUGUAGCCACUGCACUUCACUUAUGGUUGGAUUAAUUCGACAAGGUUAUGCUUGUGAGGUGUGUUCCUUCUCAUGCCAUGUUUCAUGCAAAGACAGUGCUCCUCAGGUUUGUCCAAUUCCUCCUGAGCAAUCAAAAAGGCCUCUUGGAGUAGAUGUACAGAGGGGGAUUGGAACUGCAUACAAAGGCUACGUCAAGAUUCCCAAACCUACAGGGGUGAAGAAAGGAUGGCAGAGAGCAUAUGCAAUUGUCUGUGACUGUAAACUUUUUUUAUAUGAUUUGCCUGAAGGAAAAUCCACCCAGCCUGGUGUUGUUGCAAGUCAAGUCUUAGAUCUUAGAGAUGAAGAGUUUUCUGUGAGCUGUGUCUUAGCAUCGGAUGUUAUACAUGCUACCCGCCGAGAUAUUCCUUGUAUAUUUAGGGUGACAGCUUCUCUCUUAGGCACACCUGCUAAGACCAGUUCACUGCUAAUUCUAACAGAGAAUGAAAAUGAGAAGAAGAAAUGGGUUGGGAUCCUAGAAGGACUACAGUCUAUUCUGCAUAAAAAUAGACUUAAAAAUCAAGUUGUACAUAUUCCACAGGAAGCCUAUGACAGCACUCUGCCUCUUAUUAAAACCAUCUUAACAGCUGCAAUAGUAGAUCGGGAUAGGAUAGCCAUUGGUUUAGAAGAAGGAUUGUAUGUAAUAGAGUUAACUCGUGAUGUGAUUGUUCGAGCUGCUGAUUGUAAGAAGGUGUACCAGAUUGAACUUGCUCCCAAAGAGAAAAUCAUCACCCUCAUCUGUGGCAGGAAUCAUCAUGUUCAUCUAUAUCCCUGGUCCUGUCUUGAUGGUUCAGAAGGCAAUUUUGAUAUCAAACUUCCAGAAACUAAAGGCUGCCAGCUUAUAGUAGUUGCCACAAUAAAGAAAAGCUCUUCAACUUGUUUGUUUGUGGCUGUGAAACGACUGAUUCUUUGUUAUGAAAUUCAAAGAACUAAACCUUUCCACAAAAAAUUCAAUGAAAUUGUGGCUCCAGGAAAUGUACAGUGGAUGACAGUGUUCAAGGACAGGCUCUGUGUUGGCUACCCUUCUGGGUUCUCUCUGUUGAGCAUCCAGGGAGAUGGACAAUCUCUAAACCUGGUAAAUCCUAAUGAUCCCUCGCUUAUGUUCCUCUCACAGCAGUCUUUUGAUGCCCUUUGUGCUGUGGAACUCAGUAAUGAGGAAUACCUGCUUUGCUUCAGCCAUAUGGGAAUAUACGUGGAUUCACAAGGUCGGAGGUCACGCAUGCAGGAGUUAAUGUGGCCUGCAACUCCUGUUGCCUGUAGUUGUAACUCUUCUUACAUCACAGUAUAUAGUGAAUAUGGAGUUGAUGUUUUUGAUGUUCAUACUAUGGAAUGGGUCCAGACUAUUGGCCUGAGGAAGAUCAGACCCCUUAACAUGGAAGGAACACUCAAUCUCCUUAACUGGGAACCUCCACGGUUAAUAUACUUCAAGAACAAGUUUUCAGGAGCUGUACUCAGUGUGCCAGAAACUUCUGAUAACAGCAAAAAACAAAUGCUUCGGACCAGAAGUAAAAAGCGAUUUGUCUUUAAGGUUCCUGAAGAAGAGAGAUUACAGCAGAGACGAGAGAUGCUCAGAGACCCAGAAUUGAGAUCAAAGAUGAUAUCAAACCCAACUAACUUCAACCAUGUUGCUCAUAUGGGUCCAGGAGAUGGAAUGCAAGUGCUCAUGGAUCUCCCUCUGAGUGUAUUGCCUUCCUCACAAGAAGAAAAAGUUGUCCCAUCCCCAGCCAACCUCUCCCGGCAACCACAAUCAAGAAGUAAGACCUACGUUUCAUGGCCCUCUUCAGGUGGAGGUGAACUGGGAGUGACCAUGCCUCUAAGAAGUAUGUCUGAUCCUGACCAGGAUUUUGACAAAGAGCCGGAUUCUGAUUCCACCAAACACUCUACUCCAUCGAACAGCUCUAAUCCAAGUGGCCCCCCCAGCCCCAAUUCUCCACACAGAAAUCAGCUUACACUAGAUGGACUAGAUCAAUCAACCUGUGAUGCCUAACACUCCAGCCUCCAGUGUUUCAGCUUCACAUUCCCAGCACUGCAACGAGUAUUCAGAAACAAAUGGAGCAAGUAUCACAUGAGUGCCAAGACUGAUAAUCUCUAGUGUUGCACAAGAAAAUAAAUAUCCAAUUGUAGAUAAGAAAAUGAAAACAAAUUAUUAUUACAAUAAUCACUUUUUUUUUUUUUUUUUUGCAACAUUGGGCAGUUGCGAUAGUUAAGAUGUAUUCAUUUCUGCACAGCUGUGAUAUAAAUCUGUUACUUAUAAGCAUUAAAAAAAAAAAGAAAAAAAAAUCUCUUCUGCCAAGUAAGAAAUAGAGGGGAAAAUACUGGUAGUGUGGAUGCUAAACAGUAUUGACAAUAUUAUUUUUCUAUAGAAUGAUGUAAUGUCUCAUUAGCCGGAAAUCCUUUUAGACAAAAUAUGGACCUUUGCAUAGGAAAUACACACAAAGGGCCUGUUACAUCCUCAGAUAAAUAUACUUUUCCCUUUUUCCUGUAACUCUUUCCUAAAACUUUAGGAAAAUAAUAGGAAACUGUACAUUGUUCCCAGCAUCACUAGAAUUAUGAAGUCAAAAGAAAGCUGAGGUUUAUUUGUGGCCUUUCAACUCAUUUAGCCAUUAUAUAUUCAGCUGCAGAAAAAUUUUACCAACUCUUUAAUGAAGUAUAUAGGACUGUUCCCAUAACAUCUUCCCCCUUCCCCUUUUUACCCUGCUUACUUAUUUUUUUAUUCCAUUCUCAAUUAUGGCACUGAUCAGGACUUUUAAGACAUCAGAAAUACUGUUGUGAAAGUUUUAUCUUUUUUUUUUUUUUUUUUUUUUUUUUUUUUGGAGUAGCGUUCUCUCACACACACGUUUGUGAAUAUGUAUUUAUGAACACCCAGUGGGAAAUCUGUCGUCUUGGUUCUUUACAAUGGUUAAAUGAAGCAAUUUAAAAAUGAGAGAGCAACUUCUCAUUCAUCAUCUUUCACCUGCAUGGAGACUCCAUGAUUACUAAACAAGUAUUGAUCAUGUAGAAAAAAAACGCACAGCACACUCCUAAAGACUUCCUAUGGCCCAUGUGCAGUUGGUGGUGUUUUGUGUGGCUAUUUAAUCUCACACUUCCAUAUAUAUAUUCUCCAUUUAGCAAUCAUAUUUGUGCCCCAUCUCAUUGAAAGCUUGUAAUUAAUCUCAUGACUGGCAUGUCCAGUUUUUCAUUGACCCAUUAGUGUGCCUUUUACCCCCACUAUGACAGUUGGAUGUCACUUACUGAAGAUUUGGUUUUUAUGGGCUAAUAAUGCAACACCAGUGGUUCCCCCACCCCCUCACCCCCAAACAUUGUUUAUGAUGUGCACUUGUUUUUAGUUGAAAUUGAGUGUUCUAGUCCACUUUUAGUCCUGUAACAUUGUGUCCGACAAACAGUACUGGCUGUUUCCUCAGAUUCUCCAUAAAGAGGCUCCUUUGGAGCUGACACUACUGCUUUGGGGGUGGGUGGGUGGAAUCUGGUUUUUACUUUUUUAAUGUAAGUCUGAGUCUUUGUAAUUAUUGAACUGUGAGAACAUUUUUGAACAAUUUACUUGUCAAUAAAGCAGAAGAGGAAGGUUUUAAAGUUCA